AUGCCGACAAGACAUUACUUCCCCUCCACCGCUGCAAAUACAUUAGUGCCCCGGGCUCUUCGUGCCCUUACGGCAGCAAACCCUCACCUUACCCUAGAGGAAGCGCAACGCGUCGUUUCCCACAAGCACCAUGACGAGUCUCGGGUAAGCAUCAUCGGCGGUGGAGGGUCUGGCCACGAGCCAGCAUGGAGCGGUUUCGUUGGCGAUGGACUUCUUUCGGCCGCUGCUUGUGGUGACAUUUUUGCUUCGCCGAGCGCUAGCCAAGUUCUUGCGGCAAUGGAGACUGCUCCCUCAGCUAAAGGCAUUCUGCUCCUAAUUACAAACUACACUGGUGACCGAUUGCAUUUUGGGCUUGCUGCAGAAAAAGCGAGAGCCAAGGCUGCCUUAUCCAAUGCGGCCGGCAGCGGAAGAAUUGCCAUCGUUGCGGCCACGGACGAUGUCUCUAUCGGGAGGAGUCAAUGCGCUCGAGUUGGCAGGCGAGGACUGCCAGGCCACAUAUUCACUAUGAAGAUUCUUGGCUCUGCGGCCGCGGAGGGUUGGUCUUUUGAGGAAUGUGUGCGCCUUGCUGAAGCUGUCAACGCCCAGACAGUGUCAAUUGGCUCAGCCUUGGACCACUGCUCCGUUCCUGGCCGCCAACAUCAAUCAGUCGCGGAAGAUACUUGCAUCAUUGGUGCAGGAAUACACAACGAACCGGGCCGGCGCAUGCUGACGCCGUUUCCGUCUGUUGAUGAGAUUAUCAAGGAAUGUCUGGGCCUGUUGUGUGACCAAAAUGACCCCGAAAGAGCAUUUGUCAAAUUAGACAGCGGCGAUGAGGUUCUCAUGCUCAUUAACAACUAUGGAGGCCUGUCAGCUCUCGAGCUUGGCGCGUUGACAGACGAGGUCCAAAGCCAGCUUGCGAAACGAUAUGGUGUGAAACCUUGUCGCACUAUGGCGGGCGCAUUUGAGACGUCACUCAAUGCCCCCGGAUUCUCCAUCUCUCUGGCGAAUCUCUCCGCGGCCGCUAGACAAUGCGCCACUACUGUGCCGAAACUCCUGGAGCUCUUCGAUCGGCCCACGACGGCUGUCUCAUGGCCCAACAUUGUUGCUCCGAGCAGGACCACAAAAGCAUCCACCGCCCAGAACACGAAUGGGGUGAACGGAAGACAUGCCCAUCAAAUACAAGAGCCCGAGAAAAGGCCGACUGCCGACAUCUUUGGGGCUGAAGGGGGGUUUCCCGUUGAUGCGACGCUGCUGGAAAGCGCGGUUCGGUCAGCCUGUAAGGCCGCCAUUUCGUCAGAGCCGCAUCUCACAAAAUGGGACAUGAUUAUGGGCGACGGAGACUGCGGCGAGGCAGUCAAGGACCUCUGUGAGGCGGUGCUCCGCUCACUCGACAAUGGCGCCGCGUCGGAAGGGUCGUUGCUGAGUUUUCUUGGAAUCCUUGGACAGACGGUCGAUGAAAUGGGCGGCACCCUGGGAGCUAUCUUUGGCAUUUUCAUCUCUGCAUUCUACGCGGCCCUGGCGCGACAUGCGAACCAAGAAUCCCCGUCACUCAAGUCAAGCGAGAAUGCAGUAGAGCACUUGUAUCUAUCGGUGGCUUCGGCGGUUCAGAGCCUCCAAGGACACACGCCGGCGAGGGAGGGCGACCGGACUGUCAUGGAUGUCUUGAUACCUUUCGCUGACAUGUACGCUACGACGCAAGACUUUGCAGCGGCGGUGAAGCUGGCUGGGAACAAGGCACUAGCGACGCGCUGGAUUAAACCCAGUCUUGGGAGAGCGAGCUACGUGGGCGAUGCGGCGACGAGAGAAGUCCCCGAUCCCGGAGCGUGGGCUCUCUAUGAGAUACUUUGGGGUCUCGGUCAGGGGAUUGGUAUGGACGUGCCGCGCGUAAAUAGAGACGACGUUUAG